AUGCUCGCCACCCCCCUGCGCAAGUGCAUCGUCACCACCAAGGUUCUCCCCACCGCGCUGUUGGUGCAGCUCAAACCGCUGCGCGUCCCGCCCAAGCCCGAAAGCGGCAAGACCAACAACACAGAGGUCAUGAUGCCCGACCAGGUGUUGCAUCCGAAGCUUCAGGCGGUAAGGAGGGGAAAGGGGGGUUGGAUCUGCCUCGAUGCAGGGAUAGUUGAGCAUGCGCGCAAGAGAGGCGUGUACAAGAUGGUGAGCAAUGCGGCGGUCAUGUUGCCAAGCACGGGCGAGCUGGUGGGCAAACAGCUGCAGGAACGGGUGUGCCAGGAGAUGGAGCUGCUGCAGAAGCAGUUCGGGCGUAGGCGGAACGGAAUCUUGACGACUCAAGAGGCGGACGAGACAGCGUUCGAAAUCUCCCAGCAGCCAAAAGACGCAGCACAUCCAGUCUUCAUCCCCGAAUUCACGGACGAAUCGCAGCAAGCAAGAUUCCAAGACUUGCUGCGCAACAUGGCACACACGCCAGAUUCACACACAUACGCGGUCCGCAGAUCGCCAGUAACGGUCCCACUCGGUGUGGCGCUGUACCGGCUGCAGCUCUGGACAUCCUCUCUGCACGCGCCCAGCUGA